AAAAAUGGCCGCCACAAGGUCUCUGGAAGGGAGCCUCUCUGGGCUCCGCCUUUGAUCUCGUUGGUUGGGCGGGGGGGGGGGGCGGGAAUGAGAGCUUCAGCGCGCGGGACAAAUCGCCGGCGGUGCCCUACGGAGCAGGCGAGCAGCAUACAUGGAACUGGAGCGGACUGUCAGCGUGGCUCUCCUUGCCUUUGUGCAGGCACAUCUCCCAGAGGCCGACGUUAGUGGCCUGGAUGAGGUCAUCUUCUCCUAUGUGCUUGGGGUCCUGGAGGACCUGGGCCCCUCUGGCCCCUCUGAGGAGAACUUUGACAUGGAGGCGUUCACUGAGAUGAUGGAGGCAUAUGUGCCUGGCUUUGCCCACAUCCCCAGGGGCACAGUGGGGGACAUGAUGCAGAAGCUCUCAGGGCAGCUGAGUGACGCCAGGAACAAAGAAAACUUGCAGCCACAAAGCUCUUGUGUCCAAGGUCAAGUACCCAUCUGUCCAGAUCCCCUGCAUCAGCCUGAAAAGCUCAAAGAGGCCAGUUCUCCUGCUGUAGCUGGGGAGGCCCAAGACGAGGCAGCUGCCACUGAGGAGUUGCUGCCAGGGGUGGAUGUUCUCCUUGAGGUGUUCCCCACCUGCUCAGUGGAGCAAGCCCAGUGGGUGCUGGCCAAAGCUCGGGGAGACUUGGAAGCAGCAGUGCAGAUGCUGGUAGAGGGGAAGGAGGAGGGGCCUCUGGCCUGGGAAGGCCCCAGUCAGGACAUGCCCAGACGCCUUAGAGGUCCCAAAAAGGAUGAGUUGAAGUCCUUCAUCCUGCAAAAGUACAUGAUGGUGGACAGUGCAGAGGACCAGAAGAUUCACCGGCCCAUGGCUCCCAGGGAGGCCCCCAAGAAGCUGAUCCGCUACAUCGACAACCAGGUAGUGAGCACCAAAGGGGAACGAUUCAAAGAUGUACGGAACCCUGAGGCUGAGGAGAUGAAGGCCACAUACAUCAACCUCAAACCAGCAAGAAAAUAUCGCUUCCACUGAUGUGUUCCCUGGACUCUGCCCAGGCCAGCUAGGCUCAGGCCCCCGAGGGGUGUGGGAGACCUACACCAGCUCCAGGGGUCUCCUUUCUCCCUGUCUCCUUUCUUCCUGGUCCAGUUCUCUACUUCCUUGCUCCGGGGUGUUAACCUACUCUUGGAGCUGUUCCCCAGGCACAAUAAAGGUGGCCAAGAAAGGUG